AAACCAAACCAUUUUGUAUAAUAUUACGAGGUGAUCGGAAUCAGUUUUGAAAAAAUAGUCAAAACUAACGUUUAAAAUCAUUUUUUUUUUUAGAGCGCACACACGCCGAAUAAUAAUACACGCCACAAAUUUUAAAUUCUUUCAUUUAAAGAGCUCGUUUCUUUUACAUAGAAAGUUGUAGAAACAAUUUUUGUGUACAUUUGUACAUUGCUUUUCAUAAAAAAAGAAAUAUAUGCAAAAAUUGUAAAAAUGAGCUCAGGUUUCAUAUCAGAAGCAGAAAUUGCCGAACAACGGCGACUUCGACAAGAAGAGUGGGAACGUGUACGAACUGCUGAUCAACCUUUAGAAGCUCCAGAAGAACCUUAUGAUCCCAGAUCGUUAUACGAGAGAUUACAAGAACAGAAAACUAAAAGAGAUUUAGAAUAUGAAGAAGCUCAUAAAUUAAAAAACAUGAUUAAGGGAUUAGAUGACGACGAGGUAGAAUUUUUGGAUUUGGUCGAUAGAACUAAAUUGGAAGAAGAACGUAAAAAGAAUCUCGAAGAAGAAAAAGAAAUGCGCGAUUAUAAAGCUAAGGUCGCUUCGCUAAAAGAACAAAAAUUGAAUGAAAAGUUAAAGCAAGAAUUGAAGAAUCCACCUGUCAGCAGUAAACACGCUAUUAGUGGAAGCAGUCGUUCAUCGUCAUUAAAGUUGCCAGGAGGUAUUGUGAUAAAACGAACUGACAAACAAAAACAAGAAGUACCGAAGGGAAUAAAAAGAAAGUUAUCCGACGGUGAAACAGAUCUUACCAAAAUGGAAAAAGUAAAUACAUCUCGCGAACAAACAGCUGAUACUUCUAGUCGAGAAUCAGAUAAAGAAACUCAUAAUGUACCAAACCAAGUAAAUAGUAAUAAAUAUAGUGGACUCAAAUGCAUCGGUAUAUUGCCAGGUCUUGGUACAUACGACAAUUCUAGUGACAGUGAUUGUAGUUCCGACACAGACCAGGAAAUGGAACCAAAUCCUUCUAUAUACGAUAUGUUAGGUCGAAAAAUAAAAACAUUGAAAGAGAAGGAUAAAAGUUGAAUGACAAACUUGUACAUACAUAUAUAUAUUUACAUGUAUGUAUGAACAAAAUAAUGUCUCUUUGUGAAUAUAGAUUGUUCCGAUGUGUGUGUAUGUGUGUGUGCGCGCGCUCGUGUGUGUGUUACGUUCGAUUGAUACUCAUGCAUAUAUUUCUACAUGUAUUUAACUAAACUCUACAUAUAAUGUAUUAUUAUACAAGUGUGUUUUAGUACUAAAACAAAACAUUUUCAGUUACUUUGCUUUUUUUUUUUUUCAUUAUCAGAAUUCCAAUUUAUAAUGUACAUACAACCCACUUGUAAGAAAAUAAAGAACGAAAAACAACUUAGAACAUUGGAACACAAAUAAAUAAAUUACAAUAAAAUCA